AUGUACGUUCUUGCAAGUGAUAUAUCCCCAAUGAAUACACGCAACGCCCUGCGUUUGCGAACUGUGAGGGCGUAUGACAUCCAAGAGAGGAAGCCGUCUCCCGUACUCAAACCCAAAGAAGUUGUCUUCCAUGAUCAGCAGGGCACUUUUUUACAUGCCCACAUACCCAAGGAAUUUGUAGAGAAAUUCCGGUCGACUUUUACAGAAGGAAAAGUGUAUGGUGUUAAGAACUUUGUGGUCAUCACUAAUUUCUACUCUUUCAAGACCAGCCCACAUAAAUUCAUGAUAAAAUUCAAUUAUCAAACUGUUGUAAAACAGUUGAAGGAUGUAAUUGGCCGUGUGGUAGAGAUACAUGCUCCCCAAGAAAAGGUAAUCAAUGGCAAAAACGCAAGGUUGAUCGACUUUGUAAUUGAAGAUUCAGAUGGUAUUCAAUUGGGUUGUACUGUAUGGGAUGACCAUGUAAACAAAGUGGAGGUGUACUACAAUUCUGCUACUGAAGAACCACUUUUGGUUUUAAUACAGUUCUGUAGAGCUAGAACCUGCUUGAAAAGUGGUGAUAUAAAAAUCUGUUCAUCAUAUGAUGUUACACAACUCCUAUUCAAUCAACAAACCCCAGAGUUCAUGCAGUUUAGAGAAAGUUUGUGCCUUGAACAAACUCCGAUGAGGAGUAUUGUUUCACAGUCCAGUUUCAACCCUGGAAGUUCAUACACUGUAUCCCUAAAGGAGGAUUUGCAAUUAAGAACAUUGACAGUAGUGUAUGCAAAGAAGGAGUUUGGUGAGUUCUGGGUAGCUGCUCGAAUAGUUUUUAUUGACUGCGAUGGGGAGUGGUAUUAUCCAUCGUGUCGGACAAAAUCAUGCUACAAGAAGUUGGAGCCCAAAAAAGAGUUCCUAUAUUGCAAAGAAUGUGAUAGGACUUGGGGAGAUGGGAUCUUGAGGUAUAGGAUUAAGAUAAGGGUUGUAGACAUCAAAGGGAAUGCUCCCUUUGUCAUGUGGGAUAGGGAAUGCACUGAGUUGUUAGGGUUGAGUGCACUGGAUUUGAAACAGAAAAAUUCUCAGGGAAAAGAUGGUGUUCCUGCUGAGAUUCAAGCAUUGAGUUACAUGCCCCACAGUUGA